AUGCAUAUGAGUCUCCCCAGAUUCCAUCCUUCCAACUUCAACAAUCUUGACUCGCCUGCCACGCCCUCUUCGACAGUGCAGAGUCCCGCCAUCAGCAUUACCAGAGUCACUCAACCUUUGCAACUGGAGUCGCCCCGGCUGAUGCGAGAAAAACAACGCGAGUUCUUGGAGAGGGCUCAUCUGUCGUCCAAAAUCGCGGCUUCCUCCAUGGGCGUCAAGCCUGGCGCACCCCGUUUGGAUCCGCUCGGCAGCCCCAAAGGCCCCGUCACUCCUCUUGCGCUGGAGGAAGCCGGGGACUAUUUUCAAGUGGUCGGAGCCGGGAAGGUCUCUCCAGCGGCGAGCCCGGGCGGGCGGAGUCCUCGAAGCGACAUGUCCGACAAGGAAGAAUCACAGAAGCAUAAAAAGGUUCGACAGUCCGAUGUCUAUCUGUAA